CCCGCAGCGAGCUGCCAACGCCCGGCGGAGACUCCGAGGUCACCGUUGGAGUUGACAUUCUAGUAGGCUUCAGCUAUGCAGACGAUCAAGUGUGUGGUGGUGGGUGAUGGUGCUGUGGGGAAAACCUGCCUGCUGAUCUCCUACACAACAAACAAAUUCCCAUCGGAGUAUGUACCAACGGUUUUUGAUAACUAUGCAGUAACGGUGAUGAUUGGAGGAGAGCCUUACACCCUAGGCCUCUUUGAUACUGCAGGUCAGGAAGACUAUGAUAGAUUACGACCCCUCAGCUAUCCACAGACAGAUGUAUUUCUGGUCUGUUUUUCAGUGGUAUCUCCUUCUUCAUUUGAAAAUGUGAAAGAAAAGUGGGUACCUGAAAUUACUCACCACUGUCCAAAGACUCCUUUCCUGCUUGUUGGGACCCAAAUUGAUCUAAGAGAUGAUCCCUCAACAAUUGAGAAACUCGCCAAGAACAAGCAGAAGCCCAUAACUCCAGAGACGGCCGAGAAACUGGCCCGGGACCUGAAGGCUGUCAAAUAUGUGGAAUGCUCUGCACUCACGCAGAAAGGCCUAAAGAAUGUAUUUGACGAAGCGAUAUUGGCUGCCCUGGAGCCCCCGGAGCCGAAGAAGACUCGCAGGUGUGUGCUGCUAUGAACAUCCCUCCACAGCCCCUUCUGCAAAGCUGGUGUUCAAUGUCAUACUAAAAGCAACGUUUAAAUCAAACUAAAGAUACAGAUCUGAAAAUUUGUUUUUGCAAUAAUGACCUGCCCUGCACUUCCAUCUCCCCUGUGCUCCCUGUGUGAGGUGAGAAUGUUAGUGCUCAUUCCCCAGCGCCCCUCCACCCAGUUCAACUAGUUAAUUUUGAGUAAUUAGGUAUUACCAGAAAACACUGAUCAAUACUAGGGGGUUAUUUUGUUUACUGUUUCUAAUUUUUUUUGUUUGUUUUGUUGUUGUUCAAAAUCCAGGCAUGCUUGUGAUGUCUUUUUCUGUAACAGACUAAUUCUAGGCUGUUUCACUGAAAGCCUUGUCCCUUCUGCUAAUCUGGCAAGACUUGGUUCUGGAUUCAAGAACUUUUAGGGCUGUGCUGCAGCCAGACAGCAGCCUGGGUGUGAGCAGACUUUAGUACUAAAGGCGAAUACAGGAAAGUAAAAUGUCCCAAGCUGGUGCUCCUCCAAGGAGGAGUGUAGAAAAUGCAUCUGCAUCUCCUCUGAAGUUGCCUUGUAUCUCUUCCCCUGGCUUUCCACUGUGCAGGUUAUAAAUUUCUACACCAUCCUCUAAGUUAUGAAGCCUUAGGAACAGGAGAAUCCUUGUCUCUGGAUGCACCAUCAGACUUGAAACUAGCCUGCCAGUCUCUUCCUUAACCUUUGACAUGAUAAGCUUUUGUCAUGUGAUGAAUAACUGCACCUCUUUAAGCUUGCCCAACUGAUUCAGUUGGCUUUUAACAAAUCCACCUUCUACUAAUUCUUAAUGAUUAGAGACGCUCUUAGCAUGCCCAGCAAGCAGACUGCUGUGUGAACACUCUGAAGCAACCUGUUGGGUGGUAGUUUUGAAGCUGGCCCCUGUUGGUGCACUUUUGAAUGGCUUUGGCAUGCUUCAGGAAGGGGUGGAAAGGUAAACCUGUGCCAGCAGGAAGGAACUACAGGGAGUGGUUUCUAGUGUUAGUGUGGCACCAUACGGGGACCAGUUAAGGGAAUCCCCUUGUUUGGCAUUUCGCUCCUAAGUAACCUUGAAGCUGUAAGAGGGGCUCCAGCCCACUGAGGAUCAUGUGCAGGGUCUCUGAGCAGACUGACUGCAGUGUCCUAGGGAUUUUACCCAAAAGAGAUUUUGGCUUCCAAAUUCAAACAUGUUUUAAGACUUAGGGAAUCUUCUCCAUCUUCCAAAAUUCCAAUUUCUUGUAGACUCAUUAGUGUUAAACUGAUGCUUUUUUGUGUCUAAGUUCU